CCGGACUCGCCAUCGGCCCGUCGCGCGCGCCAGGCGAGUUCCCGCGCCUCCGCCCUCCCACGCCUCUGCCGCACUUCUUCAACCUCGUGCCGCCGCCGUCACGCCGUGCCCUCUCCCGUGCGCAGUUGCCGUCGCACCCUAUCCCACACGCACGCCCUGCCGGCGUCGCGCAGCUGCCGUCGCCCUCGGCCGCUCCCGCGCCUUGCCGCCGUCGCCUCACCAUGUUUAGGCCCCCGCAUCCCCGUUCAUUGCCGGUGGGGGAGGGGGCGGUGGCCUGUGGGGUGGAUCCAUCGGUUCUCUGUCCCAAUUCAUUGCAGCAACGGAAAUCUGGAGGGAGGCGAUGAGGAAUCCAGCGGCAGAUCGAUGCGCUUCCUCCCACGAGCUUCUAUGGCCGGCCGCCCGCUGAUCUGCUGAAUACUGAUUCAUUCGACGUGGAGGAGGCCUGUAAUGGUGAGAUGCCAUCUGCAAUUGAAUCAUUUUCAAACGAAUGUGAAGUACAUGAUUAAUCUGUCAUAUGUGCAAUUGAUUUGAAUUGCAUUAUUUGCCCUUACAAUGCUGAACUGGAUCCUGAGUCGACGGCAGCAGCGUCCAGCGUCCAGGCAUCGACGGACGGCGCGGCGGCGGCGACGGCGUCCUCAUGCCCUCACGUCCAGCGUGGCUUCCUCGGGGCGGCUGCAAGGGAGCGGCAGGCAGGCGUGGCUUCCUCACGGCUGUCACCAGGCGCCGGCGGCCAGACGUUGCAACAUCGUGGAGACGGACACAGGCGGCGGCGUCCAGAAACUAUCGACGAAAAAAAAAAGAAUCGCCAGGAAGGGGGAGUCUGAUUUGAACGUGUACAAAUUUGGGUAUGGAGAGUCUGUUGGUUUCUCCACCAUAUAGACAGUCUUCUAUUUUUUUAGAGUCCUUCUCAAACUUUAAAUUUAGCUAAUAUUUUGCAUAGUCUUUUGGAGAUGCUCUUACUUGUUCAUUUACGAUACUAGUUAUGUUGACUUUAUCAUUACAAAUUAGAGUGCGCUAUAAAUACCAGCAGUAUAUCAAUGGGCAGCUGGGAGACUAUGAUUUGGAUUACAAUCUUCUUCUUGUCAACAUCAAGACCCCUCCUCUUCCUGUUGCACGCCUUGACCAUCAAGUGCAACUUGAGUCUUGUAGCAAGGUACUGGCUGUGGAUCGUAUUUUCAACUCCAGAAAAUUAAUGGCCACAAGUGGGUUAAUGAAGGACACAAUAAGCAUAUUUGAUCAAGAAGAGAUUGCAAUCUCCACAUGUAAAAUCAGUAAGGCUGGGAUUGGAGGGCCCCUUAUUGAUGUCGAUGGGUACUUUCAUGGCAUGAACUUUUAUGGUGUGGAAGAAACGCCAUUCCUUCCAAGGAGUAUAAUUAUCAAAUGCUUGAGGAGUUUUGCGAUGUUUCGGGAUGAAAACAAAGGAGGUGGUGGCUACACAAGUUGCAAAACGAGAAGCACAAAUAUUAAUCUAGAUGCUUCCCCAUCUGGUGGCUUUUUUGCAAAAGAAUUCGUUGAUCAGAUGCAUGACCGUCUACGCUCCUGUAAUUAUCCCUUGCCAACUACUAUCUGCGCUGGCUUGCACUUGAUUCAUUCUUUUGAUGAGAAAUUCUGCAAAUUGGAUGGUUCUAGUGGAGAUUUCCUAAAAGAACUCAGUGGGGAACUUGCUACAAAUUUGUCUCAGAAUGUUGUCUCACUUGCUUCAUUCAAUGGGAAAACAAGGUGGUUUGCAUGCUCAGGCAUACUUAUAGAAUAUGAUCUUCAUACAAGUGUGCUAACAUCAGCAAGUUUGGUCAGGUCUUCUGACGAUGAAGACACCAUUGUUGAUAACUUGCAGAUUGAAGUGCGUCUUCCAAAUGGACGAUGUGUCAAAGGGACUCUGCAGUACUGUAAUUUUCAAUUCAACAUUGCUGUUGUCAACAACAUGGUCUUCCCUGAUCUUCAUGCAGCAAAUCUCUACUAUCCAAUGGAAAUUAAGACUGAUAGUGAGGUGGUAGCUGUAGGGCGUCUUUUCAGUACUGGCAGAUUAACAGCCAUGCGUGGAAUAGUUACUGAAAAAAAAAACAAUCUUGAUUGCGACAAACUUAUGGUCUCCACUUGUAAAAUCACCAAGGCUGGGAUUGGAGGUCCCCUUGUUGAUUUUAGUGGCAACUUCAUCGGCAUGAACUUUUAUGACAAGGAAGAAACUCCAUUCCUGCCUAGAAAUGAUAUUCUUGAAUGCCUCAGGCAAUUUGAGACAAGAGGGAUCAUAGCUGCUGAUAACACUGUCAAGAGUAGUCCAAGCAGAUGGCCAGUGCCCAAACACUAUUGGUCUUACCCAACAAUUGAGGAGCCUGCGGACCCAUUGGCAGAAUUGUCUCUGCUUCCUAUGGACUUGGCCAGUUCGAGUCUGCAAUGCUAUAGCUGACAACAAUUGCUAUGUAGUUGUGCCAAUAUGUCUAUAUGUUCUUUCCCAGUCUAAGUGUUGACCUUAUUUGAGUUUGUCUAACUUUAGACACAUUUCCUUAGCACAUCUUCAACCAGAGUCCUUGUAUUUGUAUGUCCUCCAAACUGAUGGGAAAUUAUGGAUAGAAUUUGGUAUGGCUGAA